AUGGUAGACAUCACAGAACGAGACAAAAAGAUAAAAACGAGCCCCCUGUUCUCCAGGCCCCUGUUCUCCAGGCCCCCUGUUCUCCAGGCCCCUGUUCUCCAGGCCCCCUGUUCUCCAGGCCCCUGUUCUCCAGGCCCCCUGUUCUCCAGGCCCCUGUUCUCCAGGCCCCCUGUUCUCCAGGCCCCUGUUCUCCAGGACCCCUGUUCUCCAGGCCCCUGUUCUCCAGGACCCCUGUUCUCCAGGCCCCUGUUCUCCAGGACCCCUGUUCUCCAGGCCCCUGUUCUCCAGGACCCCUGUUCUCCAGGCCCCUGUUCUCCAGGACCCCUGUUCUCCAGGCCCCUGUUCUCCAGGACCCCUGUUCUCCAGGCCCCUGUUCUCCAGGCCCCUGUUCUCCAGGACCCCUGUUCUCCAGGCCCCUGUUCUCCAGGCCCCUGUUCUCCAGCCAUGUUCUUCCUCCUGAGGUGGCUCCUGUUGUCCUUGGUUACAGGUGGACACGGUGUAGAGGCUUACAGUGUUGGUUCUGUCUAUGAUCCUGGGAGGGAAUCGGUUUCAGGCCACUUUGACAAUCCAGGUGGCGCUCUACUGAACAAUGGGACACCAGGGGCAAAUGAGGUUUCCCAGUUUCAGAAGCCUAACUCCCAGCAGCCACAUAUCCCUCAAACAUACAUGCACCCCAUGAUGCAACAGCACCCCCUGGAGCUGGCAUAUGAAGACCCAGCCUACCCUCCAGUGGGUGAGGGGCCGGCCCCCCAGGAACAUGCUGGCCCAUCUGGGCAACUGCCCCCCCAGCCACUGGUUCCUCAGUGGCCUCCACUGCAGUUCCUACAGGUUCCCCAGUGGCCUCCACUGUCAUUACCACAGUUCCCCCAGUGGUUUUCAAUGGUACCACACCUACCCACUGAAAUGUCUCCACAGCAGCCGCUGUUGCCCCAGGUGCCUCAGCAGCCUGCCCAGCCACCAAAGCAAUUGCCCCAGGUGCCUCAGCAGCCUGCCCAGCCACCCAAACAACUGCCCCAGGUGCCUCAGCAGCCUGCCCAGCCACCCAAACAACUGCCCCAGGGGCCUCAGCAGCCUGCCCAGCCACCAAAGCAACUGCCCCAGGUGCCUGCUACCAAACCACAGAUGCUGCCACUAAAGCCCCAGUUUUUCGGCCUCCAUAAGCAGGAGCCACUAACUCCACCAAAGUGGCCUAAACUGCCCCCCAUGCUCCCCAGACUCCAGCUCAAGAUGCCCCCCAGACUCCAGAGGUCCAGCCCACUGUUACCCCCCCAGCUGCUGAAGAAACCUGUCCAUUCAUUUUAUUGGCUGCAGCUUCCAGGGCAGAUGCAGGAGUUCUUCCAGAACCUUCCAGAACCUCCUGUGACGUACAGUGACAGGCGUCAGGUGACUGGUCCCUCAGCAGCCCAGGAACAGGUGCAGUCACUGCCCUCCAGUGGCCAGUUGUAGUAAUGGUUUGAGGCCGAGGUGGACCGGACCGGACUGGACCUGGUGAUCUCCGCUGAUUCCACGUGAAACAGAGGUUAAUAAAAUACAUUUGAACUUCU